AUGAUUCCUGCGGGUGGAAGAAGAUCUAAAAUAAGACCACCAAGGAAAUCAUUAAUUAGUUCAUCAUCAUCUGCAGAAAAUUCUACAACUGAUCCAACUAUAGAUUUUGAUAAAAAUUGGUCAAUAUUACAAAAUGCAAUAUCUCAAAUUCAAAAUAAAAAUGUAUCUAAUUUAUCAUAUGAACAAUUAUAUCGUAAAGCUUAUGUUUUAGUAUUAAGAAAAUUUGGAGGAAGAUUAUAUGAUAAUGUUGGGGAUUCAAUAAAACAACAUUUAUUAAAUCAAAGAUUUAAAUUAUUAACUUCAUUAAGUCAUGAACAAUUUAUGCAAACUUUAAUACGAGAAUGGGAUGAACAUUUACAAAGUAUGAAAUUUAUAAGUGAUGUUUUAAUGUAUUUAAAUAGAGUAUAUGUAAAGGAACAAAAAAAAUUAUUGAUUUAUGAUUUAGGUGUUCAAUUAUUUAAAGAUUAUAUUAUAAUGUAUAAUAAUAAUGAAAUAGGAUCUAAAACUACAAAUAUAAUACUAGAGGAAAUCACCAAAAGUAGGAACGGGAUAGUCAUUACUUCAAAUAUGUAUAUAACAAAAAUCAUUCAAAUGAUGGAAAUGUUAGUUGAAAAUAAUUUAUCAUCAGAUGUUCAAUAUGGAGAGAAUUAUUAUCAAAUUAUAUUUGAACCUAUAUUUUUAAAAAGUUCAGAAACAUUUUUUCAAUCAUUAUCAAAAUCUUACGUGUCAUUAAACUCAGGAUCAAAAUAUUUACAAGCUACUUCACAAUUUAUUAAAGAUGAAGAAAAUAGAAUCAAAUUUUAUUUACCACUGUCAACACAUCCAAAAUUAUCAAAUUUAAUGGAUAAUAUAUUAAUUAAAGAUAAAAUUGACAAAAUGAUACUACUAUCGAACGAAGGUUUGCAAUAUUGGCUACAACCUGUAUUAUCAAAUUUAUUAAAAGACGGAAACUUAGAGCCCAAUCAUUAUAAUGAAUUAAAAAUAUUGUAUCGACUUAUUGGUAGAAUAGAUAAUGAAUAUCAAUUAUUAAGAAUCAGAUUGAAAGAAGCUAUAAUAUCACAAGGUUUACUACUACCGGAACUUGUAAGAAAUUCGAUGGAUUCAGGUUCUGAAAAGAAAGGACUCAAUCAAACAUUAUUUGCCACUAAAUGGAUUGAAGCUGUUUUAAAAUAUAGAGAGGAAAUGAUACAAAUAUGGACUCAAUCUUUUGAUAGUAAUCCAAUAAUUGAACAGACAUUGAUGUUUGCAAUGAGAGAUUUCAUUAAUAACUAUAAUAAAAGAACUAGUGGGAAUAAUAAUGCAAUCAAUGCAUCAGAAGUUUUAUCAAUAUACAUGGACUAUCGUAUCAAGCAACUUAAUAAAGGCACAUCAAGUAAAGAAAUGGCAAGUUCAGGCGAUCUGGCUGAAAAUUUAAUAAAUAAUUCAAUACAAUUUCUAAGAUUUAUCAAAGAUAAAGAUGCAUUUGAGGCUCAUUUUGCUAAUCAUUUUGCUAAAAGGUUUUUGAAUUCUAAAACAUCUACUUAUGGUUCAUUAAAAGGUAUAGAUAUUGAAGAAAUGGUACUUUCAAAACUUUGUGAAGAAAUGGGAACUUCAUCAUUAGAUAAAGUUAUUAAAAUGAAUAAAGAUAUAAAAACUUCAAGAGAUACUACAAAGGAAUGGACGAUGAAUCAAACCAAGUCAAAUAAAUCCAUGGAAUUAGAUUUGAAAAUCUGUAAUGUAUCUAUAUGGCCUAAAUCAUUAACUAAAGAUUAUAAAAAUACUGAAACUAAUGAAGAACAACAAACUUUUAAAUGGCCACGUCAAUUAAGAGAAACAAUACUUGAAUUUGAAGAAUUUUGGUUUUCUGGUAAAAAGAAUGAUAAUAAAUCAUUAUAUUGGUCACCAAAAUUUGGAUCAAUUGAUAUGAAAAUUACUUAUCCUUCAAAAACUUAUGACAUCAAUUUAUCAGUUUAUGCAGCUAUUAUAAUGUUAUUAUUUGCACCUGGUUCAUCACUUGAAGGUGAAGUGAAACUGGCAUUUGAAGAGAAAAAACAAUAUUCAUAUAAAGAAAUUGCUGAAUUAACUGGUAUACCAACUCAAGAAUUGAAAAGACAUUUACAAUCAAUAGCAGUUGCUCCAAAACUGAGACUUCUAGUUAAAAUACCAAUGUCAAAAGAAGUUAAUGAAGAUGACAUUUUCAAAUUAAACGAAAAAUUCAAAUCACCAAGUGUUAAAGUGAAAGUUUUAACAGUAUCCUUAUCAUCAUCAGCAUCAGCUUCAUCAAACAAAAAAUCCAACGCAGAAACAGAUGAAGUAAAUUCACAUAUAUCAGAAGGUAGAAAUAUUGAAAUUAAUGCUGCAAUAGUAAGAAUAAUGAAAUCAAGAAGAACUGUAAAACAUAAUGAAUUAAUUGAAGGUUUGAUCAAACAAUUAAGUAAUAGAUUCCAACCACUGAUUGUAUUGAUGAAACAAAGGAUUGAAGAUUUAAUUGAUAAAGAGUAUUUGGAAAGAGAUGCUGAUGAUAGAAAUUUAUACCAUUAUAUAACUUAG